CCCCGCCCCUUCCUGCCCCGACGCGCAGCAGGCCCCGCCCACCCAGGCGGUAGGAACCCACUCCCGCCCCUUCGACCGGCUGCCAUGUCCCGGCCGCAGCUUCGACGCUGGGGCCUCCUCUCUAGCCCGCCGCGCGGCGUCCCGGGUCUAGCGCUGCUGGCGCUGCUUGCGCUGCGGCUCGCGGCCGGGACCGACUGCCCAUGCCCGGAGCCUGAGCUUUGCCGCCCGAUUCGCCACCAUCCAGAUUUCGAGGUCUUUGUGUUUGAUGUUGGACAGAAAACUUGGAAAUCUUAUGAUUGGUCACAGAUUACAACUGUGGCAACAUUUGGAAAAUAUGACUCAGAACUUAUGUGCUACGCUCAUUCAAAAGGAGCCAGAGUAGUACUUAAAGGAGAUGUAUCCUUAAAGGAUAUCAUUGAUCCUGCUUUCAGAGCAUCCUGGAUAGCUCAAAAACUUAAUUUGGCCAAGACACAAUAUAUGGAUGGAAUUAAUAUAGAUAUAGAGCAAGAAGUUAAUUGUUUAUCACCUGAAUAUGAUGCAUUAACUGCUUUAGUCAAAGAAACUACAGACUCUUUCCAUCGUGAAAUUGAGGGAUCACAGGUAACCUUUGACGUAGCUUGGUCUCCAAAGAACAUAGACAGAAGAUGCUAUAAUUAUACUGGAAUCGCAGAUGCUUGUGACUUCCUCUUUGUGAUGUCUUAUGAUGAACAAAGUCAGAUCUGGUCAGAAUGUAUUGCAGCAGCCAAUGCUCCCUAUAAUCAGACAUUAACUGGAUAUAAUGACUACAUCAAGAUGAGCAUUAAUCCUAAGAAACUUGUAAUGGGUGUUCCUUGGUAUGGUUAUGAUUAUACCUGCCUGAAUCUGUCUGAGGAUCAUGUUUGUACCAUUGCAAAAGUCCCUUUCCGGGGGGCUCCUUGUAGUGACGCUGCAGGACGUCAGGUGCCCUACAAAACGAUCAUGAAGCAAAUAAAUAGUUCUAUUUCUGGAAACCUAUGGGAUAAAGAUCAACAGUCUCCUUAUUAUAACUAUAAAGAUCCUGCUGGCCACUUUCAUCAAGUAUGGUAUGAUAACCCUCAGAGUAUUUCUUUAAAGGCAACAUAUAUACAAAACUAUGGCUUGCGGGGCAUUGGCAUGUGGAAUGCAAACUGUCUUGACUACUCUGGAGAUGCUGUACCCAAACAGCAAACUGAAGAAAUGUGGGAAGUCUUAAAGCCAAAGCUGUUACAGAGAUGAACAUCUUUUGUCAAACCAUUAAGAUUUAGAAAAAUGAUCUGUAUAAACAUCUGGUUUCUUGCAUUUUUGUUAUGUUGCUAUAUACUUUUCUUAUUGGUAUACUAAAAAAAAAAGAAUAAAUAAAUGUUUUGAUUGUUUGAACUUGAAAAAUACACAUGAAUGUCCUCAGUAUCCAGGAACAUAAAGACAAGAAGCAAGUCAACUUACCUAUUAAAUAUUCCUCUAUUAGAUGUUUCAACACUAUAAUUUAAUUGGGAAAAAUUGCUUUCAGAAUUUUAUUAUGCCAUAUUUCCCUUCAUUAUAGUAAAAUAUAUGCUUACGAAUCAAUGCUGAUUUUUAAAAUAUGUAUAAUCUGAAGUGGAAAUUGUUUGCUUAGAGUUUUUAAAAACCUAGUCUUUGAAAAGCAGUUUGUGCUAUACUUUUCCCGCAACCCUUCAAUAAAUGUUAAAUUUAAAACCUA